CUUCCACAAGUUAGGUACGCUGUACUUUAUUGAGAAGUUCUCUCGGCUUGUGAGCUAUUUAACAUUUCAAGGUCAAAGGACAAGGACACAAUGUCGCCAAAUAGAGUUACGCGGUCAAUAACCUAUGAGCCUCCGUUUGGAAACCUUUGACCUGAAGAAUGAAAGACACAUCCAGCUUUUUAAUGCCGCAUAGAUUGUGUUCGGUGGCUUUUUUUGGUGCACUGUACCUUUAAAUAAAACCCGUAUCCAAUACGCAUGCGCAGCCUGUGUUUAGUUUCUCCAACCUGAUGAACUGUCUAGUGUCGCCGCGAUAGCAAGCCUCGGUUCUUGUCAUCGUUUUGAGAGCGACAGCGGUACUUUCUUCUUCUUCUGCGCGGGAAUACAAGGAGACACCGCCACGCGCAGCUGUCAACGAAGUCCCCGCGUGGAGGAGCUCCCCUCCGCUGAGGGAACCAACCCGUGGGACCCACAACAGUUCAAAGUGUUUGCUCAAUGCCCCCCUUAGUCGGGCACGAAUAGCCUCCCGGGUCCCCACACCGCAUCCAUGCGGACUGCGGCAGCCUUUCUCCCGGGGUCUGCGACACCGCGACCCCUUUGUUCUCCCGCGGCAAAGAUGCGCCUGAACUCCAGCGGUUUGUGAGAAGGACCGCGUCGCGUGUUGCAACGCACACCCCGGUGGGUUCAGUCUGACGGGUUGUUUACGCGUUAAAAUGGCUGCUGAAACGGCAUCUGGGAGAGAGGGCUCUUGAAUCGAUCCAGUAACCGUUCCGUUACCCAGCUGAGGGCCACCCUGUAAAUAAGCCCCGCGUGCUAACGCGUUGCGUCAACGAGUUAGCCGCCGAAUUAGCUUGAGCCGAAUGCUCGUCAUUGUCGGUGGGUGAAGGGAAUUCCUCCCACUCCGAGGCUAAACAAGCAGCCGCUUAAAAAAAGAAGAAGAAGAAACUUCUCGGCUAACGUCACGUUUCCAGUCCGUCGCUUCGUGAACCUCUCCGCUUAGCCUCGAUGCGAAUAUGCAGAAUAUUCAGCGAAUACGCAGGACUCGUUUGGUGUAACUGAGCCCCCGGAGCAGAAGAGGCUCUCUCUCUCUCCCUCUUUCUCCCCCAAAGCAGACGUCGAGGCCCCGGUGUUUUCCUCGGCUCGGUCGACCCGGAAAAAAAUGCAUCCCGGGGGGAGAUGCACGACGGAAGCCUUUGCUUUUGGAGCCAAACUCGCCACCCACGGCGAUCUGCGGGCUAUCAACAGAUACCUGGUGGUCUCUGUGUUGUUUUUCUUCGUGCUGGCCACGCACGCCUCUCCGGCCAAGCCGUGCGACAAGAACUGUCUCUCCGGGAAAUGCAUCAACGGAUCCUGCAUCUGUGACCGAGGAUGGGUGGGAGACCAGUGCCAGCACUGCCAAGGGAGGUUCAAGUUGACGGAGCCCUCAGGAUACCUCACCGACGGGCCAAUCAACUACAAGUACAAAACAAAGUGCACCUGGCUCAUUGAGGGCUAUCCAAAUGCAGUUCUUCGGUUAAGAUUCAACCACUUUGCCACAGAAUGUAGUUGGGACCACAUGUACGUAUAUGACGGAGACUCAGUAUAUGCGCCCCUGGUUGCUGUGUUCAGCGGUCUCAUGGUGCCGGAGAUCCGAGGAAACGAGACGGUUCCCGAGGUGGAGACGACUUCUGGCUACGCACUACUCCACUUUUUCAGCGACGCCGCCUACAACCUAACGGGCUUUGAGAUAUUCUAUUCGAUCAACUCUUGCCCCAAUAACUGCUCUGGCCACGGGAAGUGCACCUCCGGUAACUCGGCCGCCAGCAGAGUGUACUGCGAGUGCGACAAGUACUGGAAAGGCGAGGCCUGUGACGUCCCUUACUGCAGGAACAACUGCGGCAGCCCCGACCACGGCUACUGCGACCUCACGGGGGAGAAGUUGUGUGUCUGCAAUGAAAGCUGGCAAGGUCCCGACUGCUCGCUGACUGUACCUUCGACCGAGUCCUUCUGGGUGCUACCAAGCGUCAAGCCCUUUGGCACGUCACUCGCCAGAGCUUCCCAGAAGGCCAUGGUGCAAGAAAAGGUCAUGUGGGUGGUGGGCGGCUACACCUUCAACUACAGCUCCUUCCAGAUGAUUCUCAACUACAACCUGGAGAGUGGCAUCUGGAACACGGUCCCCGUCAGCACUGGCCCUACGCCAAGAUACGGCCACUCGCUCGCGGCCCACCAGGAUGAUAUCUAUAUGUUUGGCGGGAAGCUGGAGGCGGGCUGGGGUAAUGUGACGGACGAGCUGUGGGUGUUCAACGUACCCAGUCGGACGUGGCAGCGGAGAAACCCCGUGGUUGGCGCGGCGGCCCAGACUCAGAUUUACGCCGUGGAGGGUCAUUUAGCCCACUGCGUUCCACUAGAGGACGGCGAGGCCAUUAUGCUGGUCAUCUUUGGCUACUCCCCCAUCUACAGCUAUGUCAGCAACGUCCAGGAGUACAACCUGAAGUCCAACACGUGGCUGGUGCCGGAGACCACGGGCGCCGUUCCCCAGGGAGGUUACGGCCACAGCAGCACGUACGACGGCGCCAGCGGUAGUGUGUAUGUCCACGGAGGCUAUAAGGCGCUGCCCGCCAACAAAUACGGCCUUGUUGAUGACCUCUACCGCUACGACGUUAACGCCCGGACGUGGUUCAUUCUGAGAGAGAGCGGCUUUCCGCGGUACUUGCACUCGGCCGUGCUCAUCAGCGGCACCCUGCUCGUCUUUGGCGGCAACACGCACAACGACACGUCCCUCAGCAACGGCGCCAAGUGUUUCUCUGCCGACUUCCUUGCCUACGACAUCGCUUGUGACGAGUGGAGGGUCCUGCCGAAACCGGACCUGCACAGGGAUGUCAACCGCUUCGGUCACUCUGCUGUGGUCAGCAACGGGUCCAUGUACGUGUUCGGGGGCUUCUCCGGCGUGCUGCUCAACGAUGUGCUUGUUUACCGACCCCCCAGCUGCCAAGCCUUCUUGGCGGAGGAGGGGUGUGUCGAUGCGGGUCCGGGGGUCCGCUGCAUGUGGAGCAGAGACCACUGUCUCCCCUGGGAACCCAGCAUGGCGAAUGGGAGCCUCAUUCCUGCCUCGUUCUGCCCCCCUAAAGCUGUCACCGUGGACGAGCGCUGCUUCCGGUUCUCGGACUGCGCCAGCUGUACGGCCAACACCAACGGGUGCCAGUGGUGCGACGACAAGAAGUGCAUCUCCGCCUCCAGCAACUGCACCUCAAACGUGAGUAACUUCACGGAGUGUCCCGUGCGGAACGAGCAGGUGUGCAGCAAGCUCGCCAACUGCAAGAGCUGCUUGGUGAAUCUCAACUGUCAGUGGGACCAGAAUCAGUCGGAGUGCCACGCUUUGCCAGCCCAGCAGUGCAGCGAGGGAUGGAGCCAGGUGGGGGAAGCCUGCCUGCGGAUCAACUCCAGCCGCGAGAGCUACGACAACGCCCAACACUACUGCAAAAACCUCAACGGGAACAUCGCGUCACUCACCACCUCCAAACAGGUGGACUUUGUGAUCGAGGAACUGGAGAAGCUCCAGCAACGAGACACGCGGCUGUCUCCCUGGGUGGGCCUGAGGAAGAUCAACGUGUCGUACUGGGGUUGGGAGGACAUGUCUCCCUUCACCAACAGCAGCCUGCGCUGGCUACCUGGCGAGCCCAGCGACUCUGGGUUCUGUGCCUACCUGGAGGAGCCUCAGGUGUCCGGCCUGAGGGCCAACCCGUGCACCGCCUCUGCCCACGGCCUCAUCUGUGAAAAAGCUACCGGAAACCCCAAUCAGAGUUCCCGCCCUGCCUGUAAGAAGCCUUGCUCGCUGCACACCAACUGCGCCAACUGUACCAGCCAGGCCAUGGAGUGCAUGUGGUGCGGCAGUACGCAGCGCUGCGUCGACUCCACCGCCUACGUCAUCUCUUUUCCCUACGGCCAGUGUCUGGAGUGGCAGACCGGAGAUUGCGUGGCCCAGAACUGUUCGGGCCUGCGGACGUGUUCCCAAUGCUUGGAGCAGCCGGAGUGCGGCUGGUGCGGAGACCCCAGCAGCACGGGGAAGGGCCUCUGCACCGAGGGGUCUUACCGAGGGCCGAUGAAGAGGCAGGUGAAGCAGGGCCAGCAGAUCCCGUCCGGGGACAUGAUCCUGGAGCCGGGCAUCUGCCCCAAAGACGAGGGCUACGAGUGGGCCUUCAUUCACUGCCCUGCGUGCCAGUGUAACGGCCACAGCACGUGUGUGAACGGCAGUGUGUGCGAGCAGUGCCGUAACCUCACCACCGGUCCCCACUGCCAGACCUGCAUGCCUGGUUACCACGGAGACCCGACCAAUGGCGGCAAAUGUCAGGCCUGUAAGUGUAAUGGCCAUGCAAGUGUGUGCCAGGUGUUAACUGGCAAGUGCUUCUGCACCACCAAGGGGAUCAAAGGAGACCAGUGCCAGCUAUGUGACUCAGAGAACCGUUACCUUGGCAAUCCACUCAGAGGAACCUGUUACUAUAAUCUCCUGAUCGACUACCAAUUCACCUUCAGUCUCAUCCAAGAAGAUGAUAAUCACUACACUGCCAUCAACUUCAUGGCCUCACCUGAGCAGGCGAACAAGAACUUGGACAUGUCCAUUAAUGCAUCCAACAACUUCAACCUCAACAUCACCUGGUCGGUGGGAUCCACAGCUGGAACCAUUUCUGGAGAGGAGGUGCCCAUCGUGUCCAAAACGAACAUCAAGGAAUACAGAGACAGCUUCUCCUGUGAGAAGUUCACCUUCAGGAGCAACCCAAAUAUUACCUUUUACGUCUACGUCAGUAACUUCUCAUGGCCCAUCAAGAUCCAGAUUGCCUUUUCCCAACACAACAGUAUUAUGGACCUGGUCCAGUUCUUUGUGACGUUUUUCAGUUGUUUUCUGUCACUCCUCCUGGUGGCUGCAGUGGUGUGGAAGAUCAAACAGACCUGCUGGGCAUCAAGGCGUAGAGAACAGCUGAUGAGAGAGCGCCAGCAGAUGGCCAGCCGGCCGUUCGCCUCGGUGGCGCUGGCUCUGGACACCAGAGGGGAAGAAACGGAGCCGCUGCAGCCUGCGGCUGAGGGAGCUCCCAAACCGGUGGCGAUGGAGCCGUGUUCAGGAGGGAAAGCCGCCGUGCUGACGGUCCUCAUGCGUCUGCCCUCCGGACUCUCAGACCUGCCUCCGCCAGGACAGUCAGGACUCAUCGUUGCGAGUGCGCUGAUCGACAUCUCGCAGCAGAAACCCGAUUUUAAGGAGAAGUCCCAGGGCUUGAAGAACCGGAAGGCUCUUUUCCCAGCACACCAAGGCACCUGCGUCUGAGACCCGGCCCGCAGAUCCACGCGGGUCCCCUUUUCUCGACACCCACCUGAGGCCGUAGUGUUCCAACACGCAGCAGGUCCCGGUUCGGAGGCCUUUCCAGAGACGAGACGUGGCCCACGACGUGUCGAGCAUCUCAUUCGAGAGCACGACCCUGCGUACCUUUCCUGACCCCUUCUGCUCCAAUCCGCAUAAAUCGACUUACACACACACACACUCUCUCUCUCUCCAGCUCGGCUCUUCAUCACGGCACACCUCGUCCGCGCUUGGAAGGAAACCUGCCUGAUGAGUGACAUCAGAGACAGAUUAAUUGGGAGCAUCGGCACCUGUUGAAGCUUCGGCAGCGAACAUUUCGGGACACCUCAUCGUCCAAAAGCAACGGUGUCCGUCUGUGCUUUAGGCUAGAUCAAAGUUUAACUGAUUUCCAUGGAAAUACAAGAAGAGUAAAAAAAAAAUAUAUAUAUAUAUAUAUAUGGCUGGUAGAUAUCCAGUACAUGCUGCCUAUGGGUUUUUGUUUUUGCUUGCCAACAAGUGCUAUUCUAUGGUGCUAAAGCCUUUAGUUCUUAUGCGAAGCCUCUGCUGUAUGGACUGAACUCGUUCUGCCUUUCCGUGGGGAAAGCUAUGCGCUCGGCCAGAACUCUUUUAUAACGCCCCACGACCCCCGUGAUCGGCCCACGUAUUUUUUUUUUUGCCAAUUACCAUUCACGAUCAAGUUAGAGCAUUACCUGUACAUAUGGAUCAUCCACUCGGCUGAAGCUAAAGUCUGUAUUUUCCGUGGGAUACAAACGCUGCAGAGACGCUGCAAUCGCUGCUCGCUGCACGUGGGGGAAGAACGCGACCCGGAGGAGGCCCGAACCAAAACCAUCAGGCGUCCACCCAAAAGCAUGGAACGGUCCACAUCGCGGACGCAUUUUAUUAGCAAAAGCGAAAGUGUGGAAAGACGGCGGCGAAAUAAAAAUGACACCAGAGGCGUCGCUGGCUCCUCUGGCUCCUCUGGCUCGUUUAUUUCGACGUUCGUUUUGUACGUUUUUAUGUUUUUUUUACAUUUUUUUUAAAGAGCCCUCCGUUACGUCACCUUUUUUUAAAGCCUUGGUUCUCCACGGAUGGACGGGACGUGUCGACGCGCGGAAUUUCUCAAAGUUGUCGACGGUUUUUGGCCCCGCCCUCCACCCUGAGCUGGACAGCGUCUCGUGGGAACGGCUGCGAGUCUUUGCCGCUCGUCUCUCGAGACUUCAUGUCAGGUUUUUAUGACAAGGACACGAGAUUAUCAUUUAUUUUAGGCCUUGUCACCUGUCUCUAUUAUAUCUAUGAAAAAACUAAGUCUUUUGAAAAGAGCAUUUCUGUUAAUAUUUUUUUUUCAUUAUAUUUAACAGAUUCCUGUGUAAUAGCAUUUAACUUGAUUUUAGCGUUGACCUAAAUCAGUGGUUUUUAAACGUCAACUCCUUUUUGAAUCGUGCAACUUUACGCACUAUAUGGGCAUUGUCUCGCUUUUUCGUCGCGAAGUGGUCGGUAUGAUGCAUUUCGUAUGAAUAGUAUGCCAGCUAACGUGUUAUUAUUUAGUUUUUUGUAGAGUAAUCCUAUAACAGUGUCAUUACACAGGAAUCGGGGUCUCGCUGUACCGUGAACAAAAGAUGAUAAACUGCAUAUCGGUAAUCCUCAGUGUAUUUUAAAAGGUGGACAACUUGCCAUAAAAUCUAAAAUAAAAAAGCUGAAAAUCU